AUGGUUUGCCUAUCACUCAUAUUGGCUCUCUUAAAUUACCAUCCUCAUCCCUCCCUUUGUGUUCCCACCAUGACCAAAAACCCUCUUUCUGUUUCUCAACUCUGUCAACAUAAUGAUGUUUCUGUUGUCUUUAAUUCCUCAUGCUUUCAGGUGAAGGAUCGUCGCACGGGGGCCACAAUCCUCCAAGGACCACAUAAAGAUGGUGUCUACCUUCGCUUCGUAGAUAAUUAUUUUCAACGGAAAAUUAUCAUUCUUUAUACCGAUAACGGCGGCGAAUUUACUGCACUUGCAUCUUUUCUUGCUACUCAUGGAAUAACCCACUUAACUACACCACCUCAUACUCCUGAACAUAAUAGUUACGCCGAGCGUCGUCACCGCCACAUUGUUGAAACUGGACUGACCUUACUUCACCAUGCGUCUAUCCCGCUAACAUUUAGGCCCUUUGCUUUUCUUUGCUAA